AUGGUCGGUGCGCUCUGGAUCCAUAGCGGCUCCGACAGCGACAGCGAUAGUGAACAUCGUCGUACCAGAAGGUCUCAAGAUGUAAGAACUGUUACCGGACCAUCAAAGCUCGAGAAGGUUCAGUCAAUGCGCAAGUCGCCUCGCCGGGGGAAUGCAGCUUCAUCAGGCUCAAUCAUCGCUCUAUCUUCCUCUCAAGACAUCGAUCGUGCCAGCAAAAGCAGCAAGCAGAGCACAGCAGACAAACUACAUCCAUCGCAAAUCUCAAACCCAACACCAGGUCAACGAAUGGCUAGACUGCUAGCGGACCCUUCUCCCGAUACUUCGCUGCCUAGCUUUCGUGAUCUGCUGCGCUCGCGGUCUGGCGCAACUACCAGCAACACUACAGAGGCGAGGAAUGGGGCCAAGUCUGGUGCAGCUCCAGUAUCUAGUCGAGCCGGAACGCUACGCCGUACAGCCUCCCAGCCAGUAUCUAGCUCGCAAGAAGAAGGUCCCUCAUCAUUCCUCCCCAACAUUCCCACGAGGAGGGACAUCAGAAAAGCAGCAACCAAUGUGACAGCAACAAGAAUACCAGAAGUCAUCGAAAUUGGGUCAGAUUCAAUCGUCGACCCUGCUAGCGAGGCUGAUCCGUUACCGCCGCUAGAUUCGUCGCCUAUUCGAUCACAGUUCAGCGCGAGGGGACAGUCACACUUCAGCUCGAGUCAACCUGUUGCGUAUUCUCCACCCAAAGCUCGCAAUCGGCCUGCAGGAGGAGGGGAGGGAGUGGUGGAAAGAAGAACAGCAAGGCAGAGCUACAGAGCAGAAUCGACACCAAUUGUGAUUCUAUCUAGUAGUCCGCCUCCUGCUGCUUCACUGACAUUGCCGAGAGCGAGUCAGAAUGGUGGGAGGAGAGAUGUGGUGGAGGAUAUACCAGAAGAAGACAUGGAGCUGCCGGAACUGCCGCCCUCUUCUUUUCCCGAUGAGGUGCCAUUGCGUUCUCCUUCUUCACCUUUGAGGUUGGAGAGGAGGGAGGUGGUGGAUGUUUCACCCAGCCUGAAGAGGCGAGCUGCAGCAACAAGUGAUGUGGAAGGAUCGAAGGAGGCGCCACCUGCACCAGCACCAAAGAGGUCGAGACCAAUGGGUAGGACCACCUCGCUCCUUGAUGCUCUGGACAAUCUUUACAUUCCUCACGACACUACUACCGCCGUCUCAAGCAAAGACGUGCAGACGACAGACCGAAUCAAAGACACCUCCAGCAAGUUGCCUAGCAAAGCCGCCAAAGCAGCAGCAGCCAAACAAGCGCGCGAGCAAAAGGCAAUCGAGCGAGAAGCCGCCAAAGCGCACAAACUGCGUCUCGCAACCGAAAAGAAAAAGUUUCUCGAAGCCAACCGUCUUCGCACCUCCAAAUCCGACACUAUGCGCGAACUGAUCAUCGAUCUCGAUCGAACCCUCUUCACUCCCGGCCAACCUCUCGAUAAACAGGAGGAAACGGUGAAAGCGAGGUUUGAAGAGGAGGGGGCGGAGGUGAAUAUGUGUGCUGGGUUGGUUGAACCGCCCUUACUUAGGUUUAGAAGGAAGUGUAAGGCGGAUUGGGACGAGGGGAGGAGGUGUUGGGUCCCGUUCGAAGCGGGUCGGGUGAAGGUUAGGAGGGAGGGGAUGGUGGUGCUUGUGAUGGAGGCGAAGGAGAUAAUUAGGAUUAUGAGUGAGGCGAUGGAGGGGGACGGGGGAAGGGGAGGGGAAGAGGGAGAGGAGGGGUUGGAGAGGUGGUAUGGAGACUUGAAGCGGAGGUUGGAGGUGUUGAAUGGAGAUAGGGGAGCGGAAGAGCAGGUGUUUUUGAUAUGUCAAGGUUUGGUUAGGUACUAUAGUCGACUGAGGGCGAAUGAGAAUCGUGCUUACACUGCUAGGAUUCGACAGCAGCUUGCUGAGUCCGAUUCCACCACUGCCACCACCGCCAAUCCUGCCGACAGAGCGGAUGCAGCGCCGAAGGGAGCUCGUCGCAAAGCUACUUGCGCCCCUGAUCCUCUUGCCACCAGCAGCACCGUCCCGCCACAAGCCGUUGUCGAACGCGCUCUUCUGACGCUCAAACUCAUGCACCGCUGCUACGUAAUCCACGCAUCCUCUCUCGUCGACUCGAUCGAAUGGCUUCACCAACUCACCUCGGAUCUCUCCCUGAAACCCUACAAAAUGCUUCGAGACAGCCAUCUUUCUUUCGCCGUCGACACAGGUCGCAACACCACCUCUUCCUCCGCCUCAGCAAUCUACAUGAUGAUGUUGCAGCAAAUCCCACGCGUCACACCUGCGAUUGCACAAAGCAUAGCCACCGUCUACCCAUCUCUGCAGAGCUUAGUGAAAGCAUACGAAAGAUGUCAAGGGGACGAGAAACAAGAAAGGGGCCUACUGGCAGGUGUACAGGUGCAAAGCAACAAAGAUGGAACGGAGAGAAGAGGGAACAGGAUGAAUUUGGGUAAAGAGUUGAGUAAAAGGAUAAGGGAGGUAGUUAGGGGGAGAAAUGGUGAUGUUGUUGUCAGUCACUCUAGUAAGGAUUGA